AUGAUAAUGCGCCUUUCCAAAGCCCUAAUAGACAUGGAGAUGGCAGAUUAUAGUGCAGCACUAGACCCGGCGUAUACCACCCUGGAGUUUGAGAACAUGCAGGUGCUGGCUAUGGGCAAUGACACGUCUCCAUCAGAAGCCUCCAACCUCAACACUUCCAACAGCAUCGGGGUGAGCGCACUGUGUGCCAUCUGUGGGGACCGCGCCACAGGGAAGCAUUAUGGGGCUUCCAGCUGUGAUGGCUGCAAGGGCUUCUUCAGGAGGAGCGUCCGGAAGAACCACAUGUAUUCCUGCAGGUUUAACAGGCAGUGUGUGGUAGACAAAGACAAAAGGAACCAGUGCCGAUACUGCAGGCUGAAGAAGUGCUUCCGAGCAGGAAUGAAGAAGGAAGCUGUACAAAAUGAACGGGACCGAAUCAGCACCCGCAGAUCAAGUUAUGAAGACAGCAGCUUGCCCUCCAUCAAUGUCUUACUGCAGGCAGAAGUCCUGGCACAACAGAUAUCAUCCCCAGUUCCUGUGCUCAAUGGAGACAUCCGAGGGAAGAAGAUUGCCAACAUCUCCGAUGUGUGCGAGUCCAUGAAGCAACAGCUGCUGGUGCUGGUGGAAUGGGCCAAGUACAUCCCUGCCUUCUGUGAGCUGCCCUUGGAUGACCAGGUAGCGCUGCUGCGAGCACAUGCAGGCGAACACCUGUUACUGGGAGCUGCCAAGAGGUCCAUGGUGUUUAAGGAUGUCUUGCUGCUAGGAAACGACCACAUCAUCCCCCGGAACUGCCCUGAGCUGGUGGAGGUGAACCGUGUGGCCAUCCGCAUCCUGGACGAGCUGGUCCUCCCAUUCCAGGAGCUGCAGAUAGACGACAAUGAAUAUGCCUGCUUGAAAGCCAUCAUCUUCUUUGACCCAGAUGCCAAAGGACUGAGCGACCCCUCCAAGAUUAAGCGGAUGCGGUACCAGGUACAGGUCAGCCUGGAGGACUACAUCAAUGACCGGCAAUAUGACUCACGGGGCCGCUUCGGGGAGCUGCUGCUGCUGCUGCCUGUGCUGCAGAGCAUCACCUGGCAGAUGAUAGAGCAGAUCCAGUUCGUCAAGCUCUUUGGCAUGGCUAAGAUUGACAACCUGCUGCAAGAGAUGCUGCUGGGAGGCUCAUCAAGUGAAACACCGCAUACUCACCACCCCCUGCACCCUCAUCUGAUCCAGGAGAACCUGGGAACAAACGUCAUUGUGGCCAACACAAUGCCUCCUCAGAUGCACAACGGGCAGAUGUCUACUCCAGAAACUCCACAGCCAUCUCCACCUGCGGGCUCAGGGCCAGAGCAAUACAAGCUGCUGCCUGGAGCCAUUGCAACUGUGGCCAAACAGCCCACCUCCAUCCCACAACCUGCCAUCACGAAACAGGAGGUCAUCUAGCAACCUGCAGACCAGCUGGCUUCAUUCAGAAGACUGUGUGGGAGAAAAGCCCAAACUGCCUCUGCCACUGUGAAAAGAGAACCCAUCCAGAGUUCCCUGGGUGCAAACACAUGGACUUGCUUCUUGGACUGGUCCACCGUCACCAAAAGCUGUCUUCCUGCAGCUACAGACAGCACGUGCCAUGGGCAGCCCUGAGCCCCAGAACUAAGGCUGAAGCCUUAUUGAAACCCUCAGUCCUUGUGAGAAGGGCCAGAUUUCUGCCUCCCUGUGUGGGGAGGUUGCAGUGACUGGGGGCUGUUCCCCCACUGCCACUUCUCAGCAUUGGUUCAGCACACAUCAGACCCAGCGAACAAG